AUGCAGUCCCUCAAAUCGACCAUCGUGGUUAUCGCUGUCCUGGCUCUAGCUGUUCUGGUGUCAUGUAGAUCGCACCACAUGGCACCACCAAAGACGGCCAACGAAGUUGAACAAACGACAACUGAGCCACCUGUUCUUGAUCGUCCUUCGAUAUCGGAUCAAGAAGAUCAAGAUGACAUAGAUUCGCGUACGAUUUUCUAUGAAGUUAAUCUGUACGAUGACAAGGUUCUUUAG